GAGCCUAUGAAAAUACGCUCUGAUAUUUAAAGUACCUGAGCUCAACAAGACUUCAAUGCUUGUCGCGCAGUUGAACAGAUCUGAAGCUUUUCCGACGAUGGCGUUAAAUAAAAUGUUUGCUUUGCUUGCCGUUCUUCUGUUAAACUGUCUUUUAAGUAACACAUCGCCAAUAAUUAGUCCCCAAGACAGCCAAACUCGUUAUGGUGUGAACGUCGAUAUAGACGCAUACGGAGUAGAAAGAUCAUACGAACCCUUCUAUCGGCAACCUAGCUUAUAUUUGAACGUCACCUACGAUCUUUACGAGGUGGAUCCAGAAGUACUUCCUACUGUGCGGGCAGAGAUAAUGCUCGAGGACGAUAUGGCAAAUAAUGAAAAAUUAAGAAUUACUUGGGACAUUGCUGUCGCUACUAACCCAACUUACAAUUCAGAACAAUUGGCCGCAUAUGCGUACUCCAUGUCAGAACCCGAAUAUCUUUACGCUACAUUCAAUGACGAAACGAGCGCGUUCCGCGAUAGCUCUGACUAUAAUUCAUACUACUACAAGGGAUUCUUUGGUCUUCUUUUGCUAGCGUGUCAAGAUUAUGACUUCGAGCUUUAUAGGGGAGUCAAUUACACAGUGCCAGCUGAAGUGAACCAGUAUAUCCGUUUCAAUAGGUUUUUGUCAUCUAGUACGAAUUUGGCAAUCGCUCAAAAGUACGCCAAUUCUUCUACCGGACAAGGGACGAUUUUUCUAAUCCAGGGAACGAAACACGCAAACCACAUCUCCCCAUAUAGUGUUGUACCAGAAGAUGAAGAAUACCUUAUUUCUCAAGACGCGCAGUUCUUUGUCACAGCCAUCGGCGAUAUGAUUUUUCCGGACGGGAAUAAGGCUAUUCAAAUAACGAUGUCUUCAGUCAGCUACCCGUAAAACGCGAACCGGAGCAUGCUGGAACCAACACCUGUAGGUAAAUUACCCAACGGUUUGUUUGGUACUCUCGCUUUGUCUUGGUUAUUCCGUGUUCUAUAUUUACUUCCUUCACUCAACUAUCCAAGUUGAUUUUUAUUUGGCUCUGCAUUCCUUUGUGCGUCACUAAAGAAUUAAUCAGCCACUUUACUAUGUUUGAGUAUGAAAUUAGAGCACUUUCUUCUUACCUUGUCAAAUCGGCAAUAUUGGUUUAAAACAUCUUGCAGGGAAAACGAAAUAGAAUUCAAAAACAAUCA